AUGUCAAAGAGAAAUAAUGAUGGCGACGUCAUCGCAAAUCGCAUAAGUCUGCUUGAAGCAAAAGGACAGAAGCUCCUGGCGUCGCUAUAUGGUUCGCGACCCGACUGGGACUCUGUGGGUAGUGCUGCCAAAACGCAAAAUGACGAUGAUGACCAAGAUCUCAAACAAAAUUACGCACACGACAGAAUCGGUCUUGGCGGUGUAUUACCCAAAGACAUUGAGGAUGGCAGUUUCACCAAGAGAAUACCAACAUCAGACGACAAGCUACUGCAGCAGUUGAUUGGCAAAAGGAAAGCAAAAGCUCACAUUGCUGCGAAGCAAGAGGCAGCAAGAUCGAAACCAGCCACCAAGGCCCAACAAUAUGCCAAGCAGAACGUCGCAAAGAAAGAAGAAAGUGACGAAGAAGAGGGUCGGGCUGCAACUUUCAAAUCAAAGAGGCAAAAGAAAAAAGAGAAACAGGCGCCGAGAAAGGUGGUUAGCGACGACGAAGACGAAGAGUCGAGAACGAAGCGACUAGCAGCCAAUGCAAACAACGAAGAUGAAACAAAAGAGAAUGUAAUCGCAGACACCCAGGUCGAUGUUGAGCCAACCCAGGACGACGACGAGGAGGCGGAAGUUGCACAGCCUGCCCCCCAAAGAACGAAGACUAAACCAAAAAGUUUUCUUGAUGAGAUCCUAGCAGAACGCUCAAAGAAAAAGGCCGACAAAGGGAAAUAG